CCGUAUCUCUGGCCUUGUCCCCUAUCCCCCUUCUCCUACCUUCCGUCGUCGUCUUGGGUACAGUGGCGUCCAAGCAAGCGGACCAGAUCGAGCCAGCUGCCUCCCGGAGCUGCUGGCUCGAUCACCGACUAUGACGCGCCGCGUGCGCCGCCGCACCACCAAGGACGCCGCCCAUCAGCAACCGCCGCUCGACUGGACCGCGCUCCCCGACGACGCCACGCUGCACUUCUUCGCGCGCCUCAGCUACCGGGACCGCGCCGCCCUCGCCGCCACCUGCCGCGCCUGGCGCUCCCUCGCGGCCUCCCCGUGCCUGUGGGCCGCGCUCGACCUCCGCCGCCUCGACCCUUCCGCCGCCGCCUCCCUCGCGCCGCGCUGCUCUCCCCACCUCCGCCGCCUCCGCCUCGCCGGGUGCGCCGCCGCCGACGCCGCGCCCUUCCUCCGCGCCGCCAGCCUCCGCUCCCUCCGCCUCUCCGCCUGCCGGGACCUCACCGACGCCGCGCUGGCGGUCCUCGCCGCGCGCCACGCGCGCCUCGAGGAGCUCCACGUGGACCCCCUCGACCGCGUCUCCUGCGACGCCCUCCGCCACGUCGCCCUCUGCUGCCCGCGCCUCCGCUGCCUCCGCCUCUCCGGCCUCCGCGAGGUCGCCGCCGGCGCGCUCGCCGCCCUCGCGCGCCACUGCCCGCUGCUCCACGACCUCGCCUUCCUCGACUGCCUCGCCCUCGACGAGACCGCCCUCGCGGGCCUCGCCUCCCUCCGCUUCCUCUCCGUCGCCGGAUGCACCGGCGUCAAGUGGGCCACGGCCUCGGAAGCCUGGGCGCAGCUCCCCUCCCUCGCCGCGCUCGACGUCUCCCGCACCGACGUCUCCCCCGGCGCCGUCUCCCGCCUCGUCUCGCACUCCGCGACCCUCACCCUCAUAUGCGCUCUCAACUGCCCCUCUCUCGAGGAGGAAGAGGCGCGCAGCCCGGCCGCCUUCGCCAACUCCAAGGGCAAGCUCGUGCUCACCAUCAACAGCACACUCUCCGAAUCCAUUGCUGCCGCCGCGCUGUUUCCGCACACCACUGCUGUCAAGCCCACCGAGCUGUUCGAUGAUGACUGCCAUUGGAGUGGCGGGGUGCCUCAGCUCAUGACAUGGCUUGAAUGGGUCCUGUCCCAGUCCUUCCUGCGGAUCGCUGAGACCAACCCGCGCGGCAUGAACCAGUUUUGGCUGGACCAGGGCACCGCGCUGCUGCUCAGCCUGCUCAAGAGCUCGCAGGAGGAUGUGCAGGAGCGGGCAGCCACCACACUCGCAGCGUUUGCGGUUGUUGAUGACCACAACGCCAAUGUGGACCCUGCAAGGUCUGAGGCUGUGAUGCGGGAAGGGGGCAUACCAAUGCUGCUGGAUCUCGCAAGGCGAUCCAGGGAGACUCUGCAGUCUGAAGCUGCCAAGGCAAUCGCCAACUUAUCCGUCAAUCCAAAGGUUGCAAAAGCAGUUGCAGAUCAGGGUGGUAUUACCAUACUCACUAACAUGGCAAAGUCGGCCAACCGGCUGGUUGCUGAAGAAGCUGCUGGUGGGCUAUGGAAUCUCUCAGUGGGAGAAGAACACAAGGUGGCUAUCGAAGUGGCUGGUGGGAUAAAAAUUCUGGUUGAUCUGAUAUUUCGAUGGCCUGAAGGAACUGGAGUUCUUGAGCGUGCUGCUGGUGCACUUGCCAAUCUGGCUGCUGAUGACAAGUGUAGCUUGGAGGUUGCAAUGGCCGGUGGCAUCCAUGCCUUGGUUACACUUGCUCGUUCCUGCAAAGUUGAAGGGGUCUUAGAACAGGCAGCACGAGCUUUAGCUAAUUUAGCUGCACAUGGAGAAAACAACAACAAUAAUGCUGCCGUUGGUCAGGAAGCAGGUGCUCUUGAAGCUUUGGUGCAGCUAACACGUUCUCCAAAUGAAGGCGUGAGACAAGAAGCUGCUGGUGCUUUGUGGAACUUGUCGUUUGAUGAUAGAAAUCGUGAAUCCAUUGCUACUGCUGGUGGUGUUGAAGCUCUGGUUUCACUCUGUCAAGAAUGUUUAAAUGCUUCGAAUGGUCUUCAAGAGAGAGCUGCAGGUGCCUUGUGGGGACUAUCUGUUUCACAAGCAAACAGCAUUGCUAUUGGAAGGGAAGGAGGUGUUGUACCUCUGAUUGCGUUGGCACAGUCAGAGGUUGAAGAGGUUCAUGAGACAGCAGCUGGUGCACUGUGGAAUCUUGCCUUCUAUUCUUGUAAUUCUCUCCGCAUAGUUGAAAAUGGCGGUGUACCUGUUCUAGUGAACUUAUGCUCGUCAUCUGGUUCAAAAAUGGCUCGGUUCAUGGCUGCACUAACCCUUGCUUAUAUGUUUGAUGGAAGAAUGGACGAGGUAGCACUGGUUGGGACAUCCUCACAGGGUAGUUCCAAAAUUGUAAAUUUUGAGAGAGCAAGAAGGUUGGCAUUGAAGCAUAUAGAAGCAUUUGUGUUGACAUUUUCAGAUCCACAAAUGUUUUCUAUGGCUGCUUCAUCUUCAGGCGCAGCAGCCUUAUCUCAGGUUGCUGAAGUACUUUGUAUACCAGAAGCUGGACAUCUUAGAUGCAGCGCUGCUGAGAUUGCUCGAUUUAUCGAUACGCUUCGGAAUCCUUCAUCAGUUCUUCGAGCUUGUGCAGCUUUUGCUCUGCUUCAGUUCACUAUCCCAGGUGGUCGGCAUGCUUUGCAUCAUGUGGACCUACUUCAGAAGGCUGGGGCAUCCCGGGUCUUGAGGUGGGCAGCCGCAGCGGCAACAGCUCCCAUCGAAGCCAAAAUCUUCGCACGGAUCGUCCUUCGGAAUUUGGAGCUCCACCAAGCAGGGCCUUCAACAUAGAAGGAAAUCAUUUUAGUGGGAGAUGAGCAGUUAACUUAUUUUGCAGUUGGCAUGAGAGAGAGAGAGAGAGAGAGAGAGAGAGAGAGAGAGAGAGAGAGAGAGAGAUCUGCACGUCGGCAUGAACACAGACGAUGGGAUAUCAGUCGGUCUGUCAAAUUUUGUUAUUUCCUCGGAGGGAACUUGGUCAGUGUCUUGUUGGUUCUGUCGUGUGUCCUUGUAAUUUUGCGUAUAAAGCAAGUAAAAGAAGGCUGCACAUUGGGGGUGUGUAAGAUAAAUAAAGCAUUAUGGACCGUGGUAUUGGCUAAUGUAUGAGGUGUUUUCCAUCA